GAUGUCGAUAACAUUAACCUUAAAUGAUGAAAAAUCAGUACUUGUCGCCAACUACUUUCCACCAAUAAUUUUGAAACAAAGCUAUGUUUGCGGUUUAAUAAGUUUUGAUACAUAUCACUCAAUACCAAAUGUUGAUGAAGAGAACAAUAAAUUUCAUAUAGGUGGACAUGAAAUAACUAUUCCUCUUGGAUCAUAUGAAUUUUCGAAUAUAUCUGAGUUAAUAACGGAUGAAUAUCGCAAGCUUAAUAAAAAAAAUGGAAAUCUUAUUAUGAAAGCAAAUUACAAUACACUUCAAACAUAUCUGAAGAGUACGCUUGAUCCAAUUUAUUUUGAUAAAGAAAACACUAUUGGUUCAUUAUUAGGUUUUAGUAAAAGAGUACUUGAAUCGAAUGUUGAUCACUAUUCUGAUAAAGUGAUAGAAAUUACAAAAGUAAACACUAUAGUUAUUGAGUGUAAUAUUGUAACAGGAUCCUAUAUAAACAACAAGUCAGCGCACACUCUUCAUCAGUUUUCACUCGUCGUUAGCCCAGGAUAUAAAAUCACGGAAAAUCCUACUAACGUUAUAUAUCUACCUGUUAAUACAAACACAAUAAAUACCAUUGUUUUGAAAGUUGUUGAUCAAUCUGGAAAAUUGAUAAACUUUCGUGGGGAAAAAAUUUCAAUUAGAUUACACUUGAAACCAUCUAAAGAAUGAUAAUAUUUAACAAAAAGGAGGUAUUUGCGGAUAUAACAAUCACUCAACCAUCAACUUUGAAGGGAUACACAACUAAAAUAUCACAUCACCACAACAGGAAACAUAAAGGAUUAAAAAGGAAAAAGAGAAAUAUUUUAAGUAAAACUAACCAAGAGUUCCUGGAAAGUUUGGGUUUCACACUAAAAUAAUAAAGGGUUGAGUUUAAAAAUGAGUAACAUUAUUAAUGUUUUACAAAAACCACAAUUUGAUAAUGCUAUAAUAAGAAAGGAGUAUCACAGCUAUAUAUCAUAUUUACAAUCAUUUCAAAAUAAUGAUGAAAUUAGGAUUUCCAUUCAAAACCAAGACCUGUAUGUCGUUCCUGGUGAGAGUUUUUUAUACAUUGAAGGUUUUGCAACAAAAGCGGACUCUACAGUAUCAGCAUCGAUAAAGUUAUUAAACAAUUGCAUAGCACACUUAUUUGAUGAGAUAAGAUAUGAACUUAAUGGUAUAGAAAUUGAUCGUACACGUCAUUUGGGUAUAGCAACAGAAAUAAAAAAUUAUGUAUCAUUAAAUGAAAGCGAAAGUCGAAAUCUAGUCAACGCAGGAUGGGCUCCAUUUAAUACAGAUGAUCUUACUCUUGUGAGUGGAUAUUUUAAUUUUUGUGUUCCACUGAAAAUGCUUCUUGGAUUUGCUGAAGAUUUUGAUAAAAUUAUAGUUAAUGCUAAACAUGAAUUAAUUUUAUUGCGAUCAAAAGAUGAUACGAAUGUAUUGAAAUCUAUCAUUUCCAGUGAAACCUGUAAACUAUCAAUUUUAAAUAUUACAUGGAAAGUUCCACAUAUUCAACUUGCUGAUGUAUACAAGCUGCAAAUGCUUAAAGUAAUUAAUAACCGUCAACCACUAAAUAUAUCAUUUAGAACAUGGGAUAUGUAUUAUUAUCCUGCAGUUCCAUCGAAUACAAAAGUUUUAUGGAAUGUUAAGCUUGCAAAUGAAAAUGAGCGACCACGUUUUCUUCUUUUAGGAUUCAAAAGUAGUGAAAAAAAAUUUAUUCACUGUGAUAUAACAAACAUUAAGGUUCAUUUGAAUUCUGAUACAUAUCCAUAUGAUGAUCUUAACCUCAAGUUUGAUAGGAACCGUUUCGCCCUACUUUAUGAUAUGUAUAUAAAAUUUCAACAAAGCUAUUAUACACGUGAACCGCAACCUCUAUUAACGCGCGAAAAAUUCAAGGGUGAAGCACCGAUUAUUGUUCUUGAUGUAACACAUCAAAAUGAAACAGUAAAAACUGGCCCCAUCGAUAUACGAAUUGAAUUGGAAACAUCUAAAAAUAUAUCACCGAACACAUCUCUAUACUGUUUAAUUAUUCAUGAUAAAAUGUUUGAAUAUAUACCUCUAACAAAUGAAGUAAGAAAAUUAUUGUAAAUGUAACUAUAUUUUUUAUCUAUAGAAAUCAUAAAAUAAAUAAAAAGCAA